UGUUGAGGAUUACCUGCUCGGAAACUUCAUCGGAUAAAAUCAUAUUUUGCCGUCUCAGCCAUGUAUAAGCAGAUACACCUUUUGUUUGCGAAAUGCGUGACAUUUCCAUUGAUUUUAGCUCUAGAAAAAGCCUUGUCACAAACCUACCGUUUUGCAAAUUAAUUAAAUGUUUGGUCUCUGUACACUUUGAAAGUGAUGGAAUAAAAAUAGAUAUGUUUGGGAACCAUAGAAUUCCGCAUAUCAUAAGAUAAACGCUAUUGAAAUUGUCUGACAGAUUAAGCAUUACAGCGAGUUUCAACAUUUAUAUGGUUGGGAUUGAUAAUGACAUUGAAACAUCAGGACUUGGUCUUACUAGAAGAAAUAUAAAAAAGUGUGAUAUUUGAAAAGCUGUUGUACAGUAGUUUGAAACAAUGACACACUGGAUGCACAAGUCUUGUGGGAAGCAGCACUGAUGAGGUAUUGUGCUUUAUAUACCAUGUUAGAGCAAGCUGAACAACGUCACAGGUAGGGUGAUAAUUGACAGGUAUUAAGAAGAUCUUUUUACAUCAGAUGCGGUCUUUAGAUCCGUAGUUGUCAAGACAAAGAAAAGAUGGAGAAUGUCUCUACCUCAUUCGGGAAUUUUGGUAACCACACUUCGCACAGUUUCAGCGUUUUCGACUAUGGGUAUAUAGUCAUCACGGCUCUGCUCACACCUUCCGUUCUGACGUUUAGCACGUUAGUUAUAGUGGUCAUAGGCCAAUUCAAACGACUGCAGACACCCACCAAUUUCUUCAUUGCAUCUUUAGCUUCAGCGGACAUUUUGGUUGGGCUGAUAACCCCUGUGUUCACCACCUCGCUACUCCUUCCGGCGGAUCUAAACCACGAACUCAUGUGCUCGAUUCCCAGUCGUCUGCUCAUUCUAGCUUGCGGUGCGUCCAUCCUUUCCUUGGUAGCAGUGGCAUUUGAUCGCUAUAUUGCGUUGACGAAUUCUCUAGAAUACGUUCAAAUCAUGACAAAGAAGAAAACCUAUGGUGUAAUAGCGUCUGCGUGGCUCUACUCUGCUCUGGUCGUUUCUAUACCAACAGCUCUCACAGAAAACCCGUCAGUAAAAACAAAUUGCGGAUUUGGACAGUUUCACCCUCGCGUACAUCUUUUAUUCGCAAGUAUGUUGUUUUUCCCGGCGUGUGUUCUUAUAUUUUUCUGUUACUACAAAAUAUUCACUAUUGCUAAACACCAAAGCAGAGCAAUUUACGAUCAGGAACAAUCCGUGGCAAACGCAAUUCACAUGAGAUACGUGAACAGAGACUGUAAAUACGCGAAGACACUGGCAGUCCUUAUUCUGGUCUUCAUUGUUUUCUGGUUCCCAUUCCAGUUCACAUUGCUAAUGAUCGCCCUGACUGACAUUCAAGUAUCUGACGAAGUGCUGAAUUAUCUUUUGUACAUAGCAGCAUUUAACAGCUUGAUGAAUCCAUGGCUGUAUGCAUACAAGAACACUCAUAUUCGAUCUGCCUUUCGGAAGAUUUCUUCCUCGGUAUCGACUGCUUUUAGACAGACCACGCGCCAUUUAUCAACGUCCAGUCCAAAAGAACCUUCUCUAUCGUCCGAUUACAAACUCAAUCGGACAGACAGUCGAAUGGAACAGGUGGACAUCGUACAACAACUACAACUAAACUCGGAUAUGUUUGCAGACGACUGUUGGGCAUAUGAGCCAAAGAAAAUGUCUAUACAGUCUGUUGGGUCUACCAUCACUCAAAAUGGACGCAAGAUAGUGGUCCCUAGUUUGGUUAUCGAAGACAUGGAGGGAACGUCAGAAGCGAAUAUUCAGAAGACAGAGUCUGUAUCAACAUGUGAUUACAACACGGCGAACAGUCAGUAUAGUAGCGAGAGAUAUUAAUCUGGAUUAAUCUCGGACUCGGUGAGCAGAAUUCAUAAUCUUUGGAGUUGGUAUCGUUGACGAUGAAGUUUAACAUAAACCUAGACUUUUCAACGAUCUGACAUUCUCUAUGCCUAGCUGCUAAUAAGUGUUAUAACGGAACCUUGCUGCUAAAAAGUGUCAUAAUUGAAGAAUUUGCCAUUAAAUAUUGUCAAAAGUUUUAGAAA